AUGGAAAUGGAGAACCAUACACUGAUAUCAGAAUUUUUCAUCCUUGGUUUCUCAGAUGAUCCUAAACUACAACCUAUUCUCUUUGGACUGUUCCUGUCCAUGUACCUGGUUACUGUUCUUGGGAACCUGCUUAUCAUCUUGGCUGUCAGCUCUGACACACAUCUCCACAACCCCAUAUACUUCUUCCUCUCCAAUCUGUCCUUUAUUGACACCUGUUUCAUCUCAACCACAGUACCAAAAAUGUUAGUGAACAUGCAGUCACAGAAAAAAGACAUCUACAUAGAAUGCCUUACACAGGUAUAUUUUUUUAAUACUUUUAUUGGGAUGGAUGAUUUUCUACUCACUUUAAUGGCCUAUGAUCGCUUUGUAGCCAUCUGCCAUCCCCUCAACUACACUGUAAUCAUGAAUCCUCGGGUGUGUGCCCUUCUUGUUCUGAUGUUUUGGAUAAUCAUGUUCUGGGUCUCCCUGAUUCAUGUUCUAUUGAUGAAUGAACUGAACUUCUCCAGCGGCACAGAGAUUCCACAUUUCUUCUGUGAACUGGCUCAAGUUCUCAAAGUAUCCAACUCUGACACUUACAUCAAUAAUGUCUUUAUGUAUGUCAUGACUUCCUUACUGGGUGUGAUUCCUAUGACAGGAAUCCUUAUGUCUUACUCACAGAUUGUCUCAUCCUUAUUAAGGAUGUCCUCUAGUAAGUACAAAGCUUUUUCCACCUGUGGAUCUCACCUCUGUGUGGUCUGUUUGUUCUAUGGGUCAGGACUUGGAGUUUACUUCAGCUCUUCUGUGGUCCAUUCUACCCAGAGAAGAAUGAUUGCUUCAUUAAUGUACACUGUAAUUAGCCCUAUGCUGAACCCCUUUAUCUAUAGCCUGCGAAACACAGAUGUGAAGGGUGCCCUUGGUGAACUUUUUAUCAGAUUUGUCUCUUGCCCAUUGUGGAUUAAUGACAUUAGAACUAAAUUGAUACUAAGAAAUAUAAGACAAAUUUUAUGA